AUGGUCUCCGAAUACAAGGAGGCCUUCUCCCUCUUCGACAAGGAUGGUGAUGGCCAGAUCACCACCAAGGAGCUGGGAACCGUCAUGCGCUCGCUGGGCCAGAACCCCUCCGAGUCGGAGCUCCAGGACAUGAUCAACGAGGUUGAUGCUGACAACAACGGCACCAUUGACUUCCCUGAGUUCCUCACGAUGAUGGCCCGCAAGAUGAAAGACACCGACUCCGAGGAGGAAAUCCGGGAAGCUUUCAAGGUCUUUGACCGCGAUAACAACGGUUUCAUCUCCGCCGCCGAGCUGCGCCAUGUGAUGACCUCCAUCGGCGAGAAGCUCACCGACGACGAAGUGGAUGAGAUGAUCCGCGAGGCGGACCAGGAUGGUGAUGGCCGGAUCGACUGUACGAGCUCCUUUUCUCCAUCCAUCCCUGUUACAUGA